GAUAGAUCACGGCGCAGAAAGGUCGUCGUUUUGUCGCGUUCCUCGACUGAAGGUGUGUGAGUGUUUGUGUGUUCGGAUUUUUUUCUGUGAACUGGAAAAAAGGAGACUUUUCCUCGGAAAAGGCACCCCUCAAGGGCAUAAGGAUUAUUGGAUUUACGUGCCGGACGACGGGUCACUCUUUGGGAUAAACCCCCCAAAAAUACGUCGAGUUGAGUCGCGAAUCUCGGCCCCAAAGCAAUAACAACAAAAUUUCUCCCCCUCACACACACACAAUCAAAGCUGAGCAUUUCUCUUCCGUGAGAGCGGUGCAGGACUUUCUCUCACUCUCGCGAAGGAAGUUCGUUCGCGCCACUUCGGAAAUCUGUACUAGUGUGCGUGUGUGUGAAAGCAACGUGCAGUGGGUGGCGCGCGACUUGGCGACUUGGCGAUUGUUUAUUUACCAGUCCCGUUCAGCAGCAGUUGGGUGAAGGCCGUCGCUGCAGAAAGGCUGCCAGUGUCGAAGUGAGCACGGAACGAGGACGCAAGGAUCCUUUGAAGGGGAUCAUCUGGUUUUCGGGGGGAGUUGGUGUGUGUGUUCUCCAGGUUGAAGGGGGGUUGGGAGAAAGGUCGAAAGGGCAGACCUCAGCUGGAUGUUCCAGGAUUCAGGAUGAUGGCUAUAAAUCAAUGAUUGGAGUGUUCUGCAACAAGGGGGAAAAAAGUGAAGUGUGGUGAACCUGUUCAGGAGCAGUGCAAAGUGUGCGGAAAUGAUUGCAUAAGUUCUUUUGUUCUCGAGUAGUAGCAUAAUUGUGAGAAGCAGCAUCGCGUAAGGAAGAAAAACACGAGCCAGGUUGGGAAAAACGUGAAGAGAAAAUCGAUGGUUGAAGGUGCAGUUGAAGUGAUUCCAAAGAAAUUCAACCUACAAUAGCAAAGCUUGAAUAGUACAACUCCGUACAAAAGCACAAAAGGAGGAGGGCCUAGUGUAGUGUCCUUUUCGAAGGGGUUUCCACCUGUGGUGUGCGAGGGUGAAUGUUGAAAAUGUCCUCCAUAUCCGCUCAGGGAGUGGUUGAGCGAGCCUCGGCCGAGCUUUCGAAGCGCAUCAACGGCCUUGGGCUGCGCUCGAAGCACCACCACAGCAGCGGAAGCAGUAAAUCUGGCGAGAAGACAAGCGUGAUGGAACGCGUCACCAAUGUGCUGUGCGGCGGUUCCAGCAGUAACAACGCGUCGGCACAAUCGGCCGCCGCGGCCAACGCUGGCAACGCCCCUGGCGCCGGAGGCGCUCCAGAAAAGCCGUCACGAAUAUCCGGCGGCGGUGGAACGAUCGCCGUGUCCAACAGCGGGAAGGGAUCAUCCGCCAACAAGUCCCAGUCCAACACGCCCCAAAGCAUCCGGAAGAUCCCGCACCAACAUCACACCGGAAUGAACCACCACGGAAAAAUGAUCGCCGCAACGCCGCCACCGCCCCAGAUAACCACGAUCGAGCAGCUGCUGCAGGACGAACGUUUCCUGAACCGCUUCUUCCUUUACUUUUCCUCCUUCGAGCGGUGCACGCUGGCUCAGGUGUGUCAAAAGUGGCGCGAUAUGCUCUAUCGAUCGCCGCGCUACUGGUCUGGGCUGGUUCCGGUGCUGCAGUGUCGCGAACUGCGGCUGACCUCCAACCAGGACCGCGUGAAGCUGUACAAUUCGCUCAUUCGGCGCAGCUUCCACGCCAUCUGUCUGAUGGGCGCUACCGAUGAGGACGCGCUGGAUCUGGUGCACUCGUUUCCGCUGGCGUCCAAACACGUGCACUCGUUGAGCUUGCGGUGUGCGUCGAUCAGCGAUCGUGGGCUGGAGGCGCUGCUGGAUCAUCUGCAGUCACUGUUCGAGCUGGAGCUGGCAGGAUGUAACGAAAUCACCGAAGCCGGCCUGUGGGCCUGCCUGACGCCCCGGAUAGUGUCCCUGUCGCUGGCGGACUGCAUCAACGUGGCCGACGAAGCGGUCGGAGCCGUUGCACAACUGUUGCCUUCACUGUACGAGUUCUCGCUGCAGGCGUACCACGUAACGGAUGCAGCCCUUGGUUAUUUCUCGCCCAAACAAAGUCACAGCCUAAGCAUCCUACGGUUACAGUCCUGCUGGGAACUCACGAACCACGGAGUGGUGAAUAUCGUGCAUUCGCUGCCCCACCUCACAGUAUUAUCGCUCUCGGGCUGCAGCAAGGUGACGGACGACGGCGUCGAGCUGAUCGCCGAGAACCUGCAGAAGCUGCGCGCCCUGGACCUGUCCUGGUGUCCGCGGAUAACGGACGCCGCCCUCGAGUACAUUGCCUGUGAUCUGAACCAGCUGGAGGAGCUGACCCUCGACCGCUGCGUCCACAUAACCGACAUCGGCGUCGGUUACAUCUCGACGAUGCUGUCCCUGUCGGCGCUGUUUCUGCGCUGGUGCACCCAAAUCCGGGACUUUGGCCUGCAGCACCUGUGCUCGAUGCGGAACCUGCAGGUGCUGUCGCUGGCCGGCUGCCCCCUGCUCACCUCGUCCGGCCUGUCCAGCCUGAUUCAGCUGCGCCACCUGCAGGAACUGGAGCUGACCAACUGUCCGGGCGCGUCCCAGGAGCUGUUCGACUACCUGCGGGAGCACUUGCCGCGCUGUUUGCUGAUCGAAUAAUGAUCCGGUUGUUGUUAAGGCUGGUUGGUCCCCCAAGCUACUGUUGUGUCCACCCCCCCGCUCCCAACUCGAGGAAGAGAGCAGAGCAAGGCAAAUUUGUAUAGAGAGAAAAGCAAACAUUUACCUGAGGCGUGUUUACUUAAAGCCGUUUUGCAAGUGAUUACAAAUAAGUUGACAAAUUAAGCAUAAUGAAGAAAAGCCCGCGUUACGCUAAGCAAAUGAAGAGACAGAUUACUUUUAAUGCCACCGUUGCCACUUUGGAUAAUUGUGUGAUCCCCUCAACCCCAACCCCCUCUAUUUCCACUUCUAGAAGCAAAGAGAGACAUCCUAACAAGCGCUAAUCCGCACAGCUUGUACUCAGACAGGCAAAUUAGAUCCGUACAAUUAUAGUCUUCGGAGAAGCGCGAGCGCGCACGUGGGAUUCACGUUGAAGGAGGGAAUCGUUAUAAUUGAUUGGCUGGCGUGAAAGUUCGUUUUCCGAUCCCCAGCACCCACGUGGCAAUCAAUCAGUAGAGGGUGAGUAGGAUGGUACCAGCAGAAAUUGUUUACCCACCACUUCGCGACUCUAUUUUAUACAGUCUAUAACAAUUGUUUAAUGUGAGACUUGAGCAGACACGAAGAAAGGGUAGAUUUUUUUUAUUUCCAGAUUUGCAAGACGAUGUUUUUUCGUUUGAAAUUAUUAAUGAUGCCAAAUGAAGAUGGAUAUAACUUAUCAAUGACCCUGACCACGUGCCAGCUCUCUGAAUACGCGCUAGUCUCAACUGCCUGACACUGAAGAAUUCCCAACUCUCAAGAAUCUUCACUAAUGAGCCUUCUGUCACGCCCUUUCUAAUAGUGACACUCUGCUGUAACAAUGUCUCUCCUCUCCCCAGUCCAGUAGAAAGCUAAUUAAAUUAGGACGAUGCCUUUGAUUACUGUGGCCCGGCCGUGCUUCCAGCUUUGAACCUCUGAGCAGCUUUCGCGAUAAUGAACCCAUCAUUGUUCCGUCUUUCUUGUCCGGACAGUAACCAAACCCUUCUUUUCUCCAUACAAAAAGAUGUCACACUUCGAUGGUCUUCAUUGGAUCUGUUGUACGGAAGUCGAUGUAAGGAUGUAAGGUGUUCAUUGGAAGACAAGAAAAAACCAUUUCAAGCAACUUCAAGCAAAGUGUCUACAUGUUUCAAGCUGUUUCUACGAAUUUGCGUGACGAUUGGUGUACACACUACUAAUGCGAUAAUGGCUGUGUAGAUAUAAACAAAAAUAUGUCGUAAAAAAAGCCCCCUCGAGAUUAGUUUCCGUUGAGCUAGCUUAUAGAAGUGAUUUUUCGUCGUCCCCCUUUUCCCUCAAACUCGUUUGUGACCAUUUUUGACGAGAGUGCAAUUUGUGCAGCGUGUGUCGAAGUCGAAUUUUGUGAGUCGUUUUAAUCAAAUCAUACUAAGAGAAACAUAGUUUAUUAAAACAAAACUAAUCACGGUUAGUAAUAUUACCAAAAAACAAACAAACAAAAACGCUAAACUAAGGAAAAAACCCUCCCCCCACAAACAAAACAAAAAAAAAAAUUGUUAUGAUACAUUACCCUACUGUAAAGUGUUGGAAGCGCUGAAAUUAACGGCAGAAAAAAAAACAGAAUAUGUUGUACAUAUUUUUUAAAUGUAAGCGAAACGAAGCCACUUGUUGAACGUAUAUUGUAGAGUCCUAUUAAAAGUAAAAUUAUAAUUAAAAAAAAUAGACGAGAAAGAAGAAAAAGCGCAGUGAACAAAAAAAGUCCUUAACAAAAAAGUUUUCUUACCAGUAUAAAUGCGAUCCUAACUAUAAAUUAGCAAACAACAAAUGAAACUAUAGUAAGCGCUCGCUAGUUAUACUAAGCCCUCCCCCCAAAUAGCUGACGCGGUCGAAUAAAAAUGACAGCAAGAAAGAAGAGUUAUUGUAAUGUUGGCUAGACGCAACGGGAGACCAUGUUCCAAUUUCAAAACAGAGUAAAUCAAAAAAUCACAUGUGAGCAAUUCUUGCUGGAAUCAGCCUUUUUAAACAUGUAAGUUUUAUUUUGGGUGAAACAUUCGUCCCAAUUAAAUGAUCGGAAGUAACCUUUUGCGUCUUUGGUUCAUUUUUAUAAAUCUGAAUAUUAUUUUUUACACAAACAUACUCUAGUAACUGCAAAAAAAUGUUACAAUGUUCAACAGUGUUGAAGCAACUGAAGUAUUUCACUGCGAACUUAGCUCACAUUUUCAUUAAAAUCCAUGACAUCUAGCAUGACCUGGUUGCCAGAUCUUCAGUUAAUUUUCCAAAUUGGAUUUAUAUAAUAAAUCGAAUGAACAUCACGUUUUGUUUUGUCCUGUGAGCCAUAAUUUGAAACUUAUUUUUUAAUUUUUUAAGGUAUUUGAAAAUCUGGCAACCCGGUCUAGAGUUUCGAUCAUGUGAAACGUACGCCAAUUCUUGGAAAACUUCUGUUCGUCUGAAUCAAAUUGUGAAUCGACAGAUUGCUUACUACCGACCUAUUUACUGCCGUUCUACGCACAAUUUUCCCAUGUUCAAAAAAGGGCAACUGAGAAAAACGCGAUUGAAAUUUUUCGAUCGAUUUCUGUGUUUCUACGCAUAAUUGUCUCGUGGGUCCCUAUGCGCCCUAUAAGUCCCUAAUCACCCGGUUAACAUUUAAGCACCCUUAGUUGUAAUCUUCUUGCAAAUAAACAGGUAAACAAGAUAAAAGGUUUCGUAUAACUCAUGAUUUCGUAAAUAAUAGAACAUACUUGGUGGGACAAUUAUGCGUAGAAGUUCAACGAUGGGACAAACAGACUUGGUGUUGUUUUCAAUGAUUUUCUUAACAAAGUACUAGAUUUUAUGUAUUUUUCGGAAAGUAUACGUAAAACUAAACUGAAAAAUGAUAAAAAGUCAGAAACGUUUAAAAAUGACAUGGGACAAUUAUGCGUAAAAUAGCGUCUGCAAAAAACAGAACUUCGUAAGUUACGGCAUUUUCCAUAAAGGUGCUUCAAAAAACUCGAGUCGUGGUGUCAAUAUGGCGCUGCCUUCCCAUUCCACCUUAAGCUUUAUGAAUUCGAUUCGAUUUUCAUGCAUUUUUAUACCACAGUUAUGAAACUAGAUAAAAGAACCUAUUUUACGAAAAAAAUCAUUUUUCUUUAUUUUUGAAUCAUUUGAACUGUCAUGAUUUUUGAAGAAUGUUGGGAAAAUGUUUGUAAAAUGUAAAAUGUUAAAAAAAAUGUUUCAAUUCCAUUCUGGAAAUACUUACGCUACCUGCUGGAAAAAUUCUUUAGUGACGAAACGGCCCUUUUCUUCUUGCUGAAAGUUCAUUAUAACACUCAUUUGACUCCUGAAAAGUUAAAAAUUCAGCACUUGUAUCGUUAACUAUUACAUUUCAAAACUGUUUUAGAUUUAGACCUACCUUGACGGCAAAUAACAUUCAAUUGGAAAAAAAUCCAAUUCAAAUGGUGUUUUCCAGAAUUUUAAAAUAAGUUGAGUUCAACUCGUUGCAAAACUUAUCAGAACACUUCGUGUUUAUACACUCGGAAGAGUCCCGUUAGAUAAUGGACGACUCGUGCUGAAAAAAACAGCAUUUUGGAACUUCAGGCCUAAAUAAUCAUAUUUAGGGUUUUACUAUGUGUACAACAAAAGUUUUGAAAAAACAGUAUAUUUUGAAACUAUAUAAAUUUUGAAAUGUUGUAAGGACUUUAUUAAUAAAUUAAUUGUGAAGAAAGUUUGCACAAUGAAAAUGAGAAUUACAUUCGAAUGGAAUGGCAAUAAAUUGUUUUAAGAGUUAGUAUAAAAAAAUCUAAAAUUCUGGAAGUUGGGAUUUUUUUACAUACUCUCAAAAAGUUAUGACUUUCUCAAUGGGAAAUUCUCCGCCAACUCACGCAAAAUCGCGAAAAGUUCCCGAAUCCCCUUCGAUUUGCGUGAAACUUUGUCCUUAGGGGUAACUUUUGUCCCCAAUAACGAAUCCGAGCUCCACCUUGUGACAGAAGGUGGUACGAUCAAUUUUUGAACAUUCUAAAAAUGACGUGUUUUUCAAUAAUUUGCAGCGUUAAUUGUUUAAUGUAUGGAAAUUUCAGGAUUUCAAAUAAAUUGUAUUUUCAUCGAUAAAAAUGCAAAAAAAUUUUUUUUUUAAUUCUGUCGUGGAACUACUUACUUUUCCUGUCAUUCUUGAACGACGAAAUAGCCUACGUUUCUGUACCAAAAAUAACAAAAUCGAAUAGCAACACUUUUCAAAAAAAUGUUGUAUCGAACUCGUUGCAAAUCUUGAUUGUUCAGCACUCGUCGUAUUUAUCCAACUCGGUGAACCUCGUUGGAUAAAUGUACGACUCGUGCUGAAAAAAUCCUCUUUUCGCAACUUGUUGCAUAAACUACUAUUUAAAAAUUGUAUCGUUUUUCGCUACUGAACUGUAAAAAACUUGGGACAUAUCAUUUCAAAAGAAAUUUAAUGUACUUUUGGAAUCAGCAAUAACUAAAAAUGGUUAUUUUUACAUUUAGAACAUUUUUUUUCCAAUUGAAGUUUCGUUUUUUUGUAACUUUGCAAAGUUAGAGUGUAACUAUCUGCCCACCAUUGAAAAAACAGCUAAUAUCCACUUUUGACAAAAACGAGAUAUUAGCACCAGGUGGUAGAGGAUGUUCCAACGCAUCUUCUGGAACUUGAAUUUUACUGAAAUAGAGUUCAAACUUGGCUGCCGAUGCGAAAAACCAAACGGCUAAUAUGCCACUCUUAUGGGAAAUAGCCUUGACGGAGAUUUUGUGACAAACACUAAAACGCGUUUUUCUCGGAAUACUUGAUUUGGCAUAAUAGCCGAAUUUUCAAUUAUCGGCAGCUAUGCUCUACAUUGUUGUGAGUAGACAAUUACAAAAAAUGAUAUAUAAACAUAAGGGGUUUGCUUGCAACCAUCACGGGUUUUUUUUUUGCUGGAUCCCUUUUACAUUUGAAAAACCCAUCAAAGUCACCCCAGUUUACGGUAUCAAAAUUUGAAAGAGUCAACCAAAGAUGCAAAUGUAUCCUCUGGAGUUUUAUAAAAACGUGUCAACUAAGUUUCGUCCAAAUAAAAAAGAAGCUUUUCAAAUGGCUGAAAUCCUCGAGAAUUGCUUACUCGUUGAAUAAGUAAAAAAAAGACCGCCCAUGUCUGACUGAUUUUUCGAGCUCCUAGGAAGAAUAGUCGUCGCUAUUUUAAAAAAGUGAAACAAAAAUCUGCAUGCAAAAAAACCAAUUCCUCCCCCCGGAAACACACCUUCACCCACGGCAAAACUUAGACACUCUCUCUUUCACUCUAGACUCGUUCACUCACUCACACAUGAUACUGUAAUCCCCAUUUAAUAGGCUUUUCUCGAACCAUCACCUACUAACCAAAACACAGAAACACAAUUCGUCUCCCAGUGCAGAUGGUAACUUCUCACCACACCACAAACUCAUCCCCAUUCCCCGCGCUCCACUUUUUGCUAAUACUAGCGUUUUUUGAGAGGAAAAACUUACGAUAACAAAAGAAGAAGAAGAAAACACACACUCACAAAAAGCGAAUAUUUCCAAGAAAUGUAAUAAAUAGUACUCUAUAUUACAAUAACUAUUAUAUGACAAAAAAGAAGAAGUAAAAUUACAACAAAACCAGAAAGCUGAUAUUAAGGAAACAUCC